AUGAAGGGCAUUGCGCUAAGAAGAGCUGUAUGUAGCCGAGUCUGCCAGCGUGAGUACCAGCUGGAUCCGAAGAAGCUUAGCCAACUCUCUUCAUCUAGUCAUAUGCAGGACAAAAUAAAGAGUGCUCACAACGGUGAUGAUGACGAUAUUGACACUUUUCCAUCCCGAAUAAAAGUAUGCUCAUCGAAAGUGAAGCUUCCUCCCACUAUUCACCAAAAAGGACGCGUUCAAGAGAAUUACUAUCCCACUGACGAUGAAGAUUCUGACGAAAGCGAAAGUGAGGAGAAUGAAGUCGCAGUCUGCGAUACUACGCCAUCCUCAUCCUCCGCUCCGUUAGAAACUUCGACAGUAGACGACGCUGAAGUAAAGGUCGAGACAGGUGCUACAGAAAAAGAAAACACCGCAUCCGUUGUGGAGGACUGUCCAACUUCGGCGCAGCCAUCUUUGUCUUCUGGCACAGAGAAACCUGUUACAUGUUCCAUGGCUACUAAUGGAGUUGUUCCGGUUUCCGCCCAGGAAAUAAAAACAGAGGCAGACGAUGAUGUAACCCAUCAACCACGGCCUGCUUCUAUCCAACGACAACGAGUACUUGUCGCCCGAGAUACAGAAAUUGAACGCAAACGCUCACAGUUGCCUAUAUAUUCAGAAGAAGUGCCCAUUAUGGAGACCAUCAACGACAAUAUUGUCACUGUUAUAUGUGGUGAGACUGGCUCUGGAAAAACUACACAAAUACCUCAAUUCCUUUAUGAAGCAGGGUAUGCAAGCAAUAGUCAAUUGAUUGGCAUAACUGAACCGCGGAGAGUAGCGGCAAUAUCCAUGGCGCAACGUGUUGGGGAAGAGUUGGGUUCACCGGAUGCAGUUUCAUAUCAAAUACGAUAUGAAGGAAAUCGCACGCCUCAGACGAAGAUACUAUUCAUGACUGAUGGUGUGCUGAUGAAAGAGAUGGAAUCUGAUGUAAUGCUGAAAAACUUUUUUGAUGAGGCUCAUGAGAGGUCAAUGUACAGUGAUGUCUUGAUUGGGAUGUUGAGUAGGAUAGCGCCUCUGCGAGCAAAAACGUCGAAUCCGUUAAAGUUGAUAAUUAUGUCGGCCACACUACGAUUAGCAGAUUUUAUUCACAAAAGAUUAUUUCCCGUCUUGGAACCCAAAGUGAUAAAUGUGGAGUCACGACAAUUUCCAGUCACGGUGCAUUUUGAGAAGCGCACUCCCGACGACUAUAUGAUGGCUACUUUCAGAAAGGUAUGCCGGAUACAUGAAGCUCUACCUGACGGUGCAAUCUUGGUUUUCGUCAGUGGCCAACAGGAGGUCCGACACUUAGUGAAGAAGCUCGUUGAAAGAUAUACAAUACAAUAUGACUCCAGCAAGGAUGGUCAUGUGUACGUAAAAGGCAGUAAGAAAUGGAAAAAGAAGCAACUAGAAGAGGCGCAAAAUCUGAAACUAGAGGAUUUUGGUGAAGAUCGAACCCAUUCCUUCGAUGGCGAGGAUCUGCAUGAAACUGGCGCUUGUGAUACUUUAUGGGACGACUAUGACGCAGAAGAUGACAGUCAAGAAGAUGCGCUGAACAUUCCAAUGCCGGCUCCACCUGCUACUUGUGUUCCUCUGUACUGCUUGCCGUUGUACUCCUUAUUGUCCUCGGAAAAACAGCGUCGUGUGUUUGAGCCACCACCAGAGGGCACGAGGUUUUGUUUAUUUGUUCCAAUAGUCGUCUAUUGGUGUUUUUACAUUACUUCUUGUAGAAUGUGUGUGAUUGCAACGAAUGUAGCUGAAACAUCUUUAACUAUUCCUGGCGUGAAAUACGUGGUGGAUUGCGGGUUUGAGAAGCGCAGGCUGUAUGACUCAGUCACGGGCGUGUCGAAAUUUGUCGUAGAUCGAAUAAGUCAAGCGUCUGCCGAUCAACGAGCUGGAAGAGCGGGUCGCAUAGCAGCUGGCCAUGCUUACAGGCUCUAUUCUUCGGCGGUUUUCCAAACCUUCGAGAAGUUCUCUCGUCCAGAAAUCCUCGAUAAACCCGCGGAUCAACUUGUGUUGCAUUUGAAAUCGAUGAACAUUGUUAAGGUGAUAAAUUUCCCGUUUCCAUCACCACCGGACUCGGAAGCGCUGGAGGUGGCUGAAGAAAGGCUUAUCAAACUUGGCGCUUUGGCGAAGACCACGAAAGACGGGAAGACAGAAGCUCGUAUUACUCCAUUGGGCAGGACGCUGUCAGUGUUUCCAUUAGCACCUGCUUACGCGAAAGUCAUAGCUAUGGCGAAUCAGCAUGACCUCAUGCCAUACGCGAUUUUACUCAUUUCUGCGCUUUCUGGAUUAUCGAAAAUAUUUAAAGGCCCUGGGCGUCGGCUGGGUGAUCUUCUUGUUCUGAUGAGAGCAGUCAUUUGUUACGAAGAAGAAAAGAAAUUCGACGACUCCGCGUUACAAUUAACUAAUAUUGUGAAUACAUCGUUCAAAUCGAGUGCGGAUAUCGUGAUGGAUCCGCACCUUCCUCCACCAUCUGAUGCUCAAGCGCAAAUGUUGAGGCAAAUGAUGGUGGCUGGCCUAGCGGAUCGCAUCGCUCGACGAGUGGAUCGGUCAGCCGACAACGAAGAAGUACCAAAGGGUGCAUAUCAAACGAUGAAACUUCAGGAGUUCGUUUUCAUCGAUCCAUGCAGCGUCAUGUAUACUGACGAACCAGAUUAUGUCAUUUACCAGGAAAUAGUGCAGUUAGGAGACAGAAAGUGUAUGCAGGGCAUUAUGAUGGUCGACCAUGAGUGGCUACCGAGGCUUGCUGAGUCGUAUUGCAAUUUUGCUCCGAUGGAUAAGGAUACGGAGCCACGAUAUGAAGCAGAUAGAGACGAAAUUGUGAAGAGUGUAGGAGUGACAUUUGGUCCACUGGAGUGGCGCCUUGAUCCUAUUGAGCGACCCAUACCUAAUGACAUUAUGCUGUAUAGGUAUUUCGCUCAGUUCCUCCUAGCAGGACAGGUAAUGCCAUUGCUAGCCCAGUUCGUUACAAAAAUGUUAGCGCCACCCACAACAAUGGUCCGAUCGUGGGCGAAACUGCAAAAGCGUACAGAGGGUCUGCUUAAUGCUUUGGUACUGAAAGAGGUGGGAUUUUCUUCAUACUGGUUACCGGAAUCAUUACACGGUACAGUAACGGUGAUGUGGCCACCACUAGAAGAGAAAUCUUCUAAGAUGGGUAGAAAUAAAAUUUACUGUAAACCAAAUCCAUUAUUCAGGCUUUCGUUAGCUUUUCUGUCAAGGCUCGGCUCCCAGGACUUCGUCGUUGGUAGCUUUCUUACGACAAUGAAAUUGGCUGAGUCGCUAGUUGUUCCCUCUACAUGCCCUUCUAUCUCUCGCCUGGCCUACGGCGUACCCAGGACAGAAUUGAGCGCUUGGCAAAACGCGGCAAAUACGUUGGCAUUCACAUUCGAACGUAUUCUUCAACUCCCAUCAGCACAGUUCUGGAGUACCGUAGUCUACGAUCCUAAAAUUAUGACUGCAUUCGAUCAGGUGCUGGAGGCACUUCCUAGGCAGUUCGAAUUGGAUGAGUAUAGGCUGAUAUUUGAUUGGGAUCCAGCAGUUUCGAAAGCGGCCUGGCGCCUUUACUAUUCGACAUUCGCGCUUUUUCUUCGAAUCGCUGUGCUGAAUAAGAAAACGGACCCAGAAUUCUCUGAAAAGGAGUUCAUCGAAAUUGUUCGUGGACGUGGCAUAUUCUCUUCCAAACGGCUGGCUUGUUCCAUCUCUUUCUUCGCUGAAUAUAAUCAAGUCAUGGUGGAAGUGAUCAAGAAACACUCGUUACUUGACCAUCGCGUAUCUUUUGAGCUGAGACAAAUCUGUAUGGAGCUAGGAAAGUGCGCCGGAGAUCUUGAGAAGGAUGCACGUCGAUUGAUGGAUGAAUUCUACGCCUCAGAUGGUCCGAUCAAAUUCAGAACUGCUCACUUAAUCGACGAGUGGUUCUGCGCAUCUUUGGCAUUAUGUCAAGAAGGGUUCGCUCUGGUUGAUGCCCUGUCACAGGCUGGUUUAUCGAAAGAGAUGAGCAAAUGUGUGGAAGGAAUUCCUGCGUUUGUCGAACAAGUUGCCCAAUUAUUCCCUACAGAGGCUAUUUUUGACGUGGCAAUGAUGCUUACCGAUUACCCACUCAAGCGUCUCCUACGAUUACGAGCCCAAUUGUACCAGUCUGCGAUCGACUUUUACCAUAUCGUAUUAGUUAGAGAGGCUGAAGAUGAGAAGAUUACCAUGCUGCAGUCAGCGUUGCACUCGGAAAGGUUUAUCUUCCUCCUAAACGAGAAGGAAAACCUUUCGGAGCUUCUCAAGGGUUGCCAGAAAGAAUUUCGUGAUCAUAUGGAGAGAGCUCUUGAGAGUGCAUGUGAGUCGCAGAGAGGAAUCAUCGUCGAAGAGCUCGCGAGAAGUGGAUUGUUGAAGGUCAGUUCACUUCAUAAAUGCAUCCGUUGA